AUGACGGGUGGGUUUGCGCCGAUGGAGAUCGACGGGGAGAGCUCGCGCGCAGCGCCAGCGGGGAAGCGCGAGGUGUGGGCGUGGUACGGGUACGAUGCGGCGGUGGCGGGAUUCUACUCCGCCGCGCUGCCCAUCUUCUUCCCCCUGCUGCUCGUCGCGCUCGCCUCGGAGUUCGCGUGGCAGCACGCCGCGUCGCCGCAGCCGCCCGCGUGCAGCGCGGAGGUCACGAGCGACUGCCUGCAGUGCAUGCCGGGGAAGGGCACACAACUUCAAACGUCCGCGGGGUACGUUGAGGAGCCCGUGCCAGGCAUCCCAGUGGUGGGCGGUGGCAGCAUCAACCCAGUGUCGUUCGCCACGGCCAUGCUGGGCGUGUCUGUGCUCUUUGAAGUCGCCGCGUUCGUCACCGUCGGCCCCCUCGCGGACUUUGGGCGCGGCAGGAAACAGCUACUGCAGGUGGGCACGUACAUGGGCGGCGCUGCUUGUCUCUUCUGCCUCGCCCUCGCCUCGCCAGCCCUCUGGUGGCUUGCUGCGCUGCUGCUCGUGAUCUCCAACGUUGGCUAUGGCAUCGCCACUGUUGCUUACUACAGCUACCUGGCAGUGCUGGUGGACGCGUCCCCCGAGGUGCAACAGGCGGAAGCAGCGGGGCUGCCGGUGCAAGCGGUGGUGGAGAUGCGGGAGCAGGUGGAGAAUCGUCUCUCCCUCACAGCAGUCGCCUGUGCCAGUGCCGCCUCCAUCGCCGUCACCCUCCUCGCACUCGCCUCUACCCUCCCCACCUCUUCCCCCUCCCUCAAGCUCCGCCUAGCCGUCGCCCUCUGCGGCGCAUGGUGGAUCCUCCUCGCCCUCCCCACCUUCGCCUUCCUUAAAGCCCGCCCUGGCCCGGCCCUCCCUCCGGGCUCCCCUCUCCGAGUCUUCUCCGGGUGGCGCCAUCUCGGCGCCAUUCUGGCCGAGGCGCGGCGCUACCGCAACGCGUUUGCGUUCCUGGUGUGCUACUUCGUGUAUGCGGACGGCUACACCACCAUCAUGCAGAUCGGAGUCCUCUUCGGCCAGCGAGAGCUCUGCCUGUCCACGGGUGGCACGGUCCUGCUCGCCUGCUGCGUCUUCCUCUUCGCGCUCCUCGGCACGCCGCUCGCCUUCUGGCUGCAGCGCCUCUCCGGGCUGCACAACAAAGCAAUGGUCUGCGUGCUUAUAGCGGGGAUGAUUCCCCUCCCGCUCUGGGGCCUACUCGGGUACCUCACACCGGACGGAGGCCUGGGGUUGAAGUCAGCGUGGGAGCUGUAUGUGUUUGCGGGGUGGUUCGGUGUGCUGCUGGGGCCGCUGUCGUCGUAUUCGAGAACGCUCUUUAUUGACAUGAUCCCUGUGGGAAGAGAAGGUGCCUUCUUCUCGCUCUACUCCGUCAGUGACAAGGGCUCCUCCUGGCUUGGGCCCUUCAUUGUAGCAGUCAUUGUCCAGGCGACAGGGGAGCUCCGAGCGUCCUUCUUCUACAUCCUGGCAGUCAUGCUGCUGCCGCUGAUCGCCCUGGUACUGGCAGUGGACCAUGCGCGCGGCAUCACGGAUGCGGGGCGCAGCAGCCGCAGCGGGGCGGGGGACACGGGCAUCGCUCAGGAAGACCAGCCCAACGUGGUGGGGGGUGUUGUGCCCUACACCGCCAUGCGCGCUCACUGA